AUGAACAUCACAAUUAACUGCAGCAUUCCAAAGGUUAAUGCAAUCAAAGAAGCAUUGCCUCAAGCAGCAAUUCAUUACUGUGAUUUCCAUGUUCUUUGUGCAUGGCAACAUAAUCUUAACAGUAAGAUUAAGUUAAACACGUCUUUCACUUCAGAACAACUUGGAAACUAUAAGACUAAAUGGACCGAAAACAAAGAAUUGUUGAGAAGAUGGGGGCGCCCUUACGUUAGCCAGCAACAUCAAAGAUAUGUAACAAACAAUUAUGUUGAAUCAUGGUACAAUCAACUUAAGAUCAUUUACUUUGGUCGCACAUGCAUAAGAAGAUUGAAUCGUCUCAUUUUUAUCUUGACAAAUGAUGUUGAGUUCUUUUAUGAACAAGAAGUUGAGUGCAUCCAUUUCAAUAAUGGUGAAAUGGGACUCACUGAAAAUAAGUUGUCAAGAAAAUCUUUUGCUGCAUCAAAGAUCCAAGAUGACAUGCUUUCUUCCAUGAUUCUCAAUCCUCUGGGUGAGACUGGUAAUAGCAUGGAUGAUUAUAAUGAGAUUGCACGAGCAGAGUUGAGCAGACAAGGCUAUACAAAUGAAAACGAAGGCGAAGUAGGGGAAAUAGUAGAGGAAAGACGUAUUGUUGAGCAUAGAGAUACACAUGGCUUUGAUAGAAUUGCAACAUAUUCUACAACAAUGUAUCAUUGUUUUGAAGAUCUACAGACUUUGAAGACAAUUCCGGACUUAGACCAAACAGAUGUAGAAGAAAUGAAAAGAGCACUUGCACAUGCUGUACAAUUGAUGGAUAAAUAUAGAAGCAAGAAUCCUUCAUACUUUAGAAGCUUAAAUACUCAAAGAUAA